AUGCCCCCUACAAGAACACCCCAACGGCCCCCUCUCGACAUCAUCCCACCCCCCUCCCUCCCCCCCUCCAUCACCCCCUCCUACACCCCCACCCCUUCCUCCCAGACCCACACCGAAAGCCGGCCCCUCUCCGAAGAAGAGCGCGGCAGACUCAUCCACGAGCUCGUCGGCUUCCACCCCAGGAGUUUGUGUAAUGAUAUCACCGAGGUGGCGAGGACGGAGCUGUAUAAUGCUAUGAAUAGUAUUGAGAAUUGGGCAGAGACGGUGGCGAGGGGGAAGGAGUUGAGUGCGGAGGCUGGGAAUGGUAUGCAUGCGCUGGAGACUCUGCUAGAGACGCAUUUUGACAGAGCGUUUGACAAGUACGAAACGUGGCUCUUGCGAAACGCUUUCGAAUUCGAAAAAGGUCUCGACGUCGUCCUCCCAUGGCAUAACGGCCUCGAUUUUACCCGCGGCGAGCACGUAUCCCUCCUCCCAGGCGGCACCGAAGCCCUCGACGCCCAACUGGAAUCCCUCCGCGUCCAAGUGGAACAGACGAGACAACUAUCGAUGCAGCUCGAGUUGGCAAACAAGAAGCUCGAUAAAAGGCUCGAUACGCUCCGUCAACGCGAGGCGCAUGUUGGUUUUGUUAAAGAGGUUAUUGAGACUUCUGGCCUCAACCCCUUACCACAAAACACAUCCCACCUCACCCAAACAAUCUCUUCCCUAAACACAUCCCUCCUCCCUCUCGAAUCCAUCCCCAUCCCCACUUCCACCUCCUUCACCCGCCUUCCCGACCCCUCCCACGGCCCCGGGUCAGCGUCGGGAGAACAUACGAAAGCGUGGGAACUCGGGCGGGCGGCGUAUCUCAAUUGGGCCAUGGGCAAGGUCGUCCCUUCUGCCUCUUCCCCAUCUUCUUCUUCUGCUGCUGCUGCUUCUGCUCCUGGUUCUGGCGAGGGGCAGCCGGCGGCGGCCAGUACAGGAGAAGGAGGAGCAGGAGCAGGAGGCGGAGGAGACAAGUUGGAAGCGAUCGAACAAGGGAUCGAACAAGUCGGCGGUAAGGAGGGGAUGGAGGUGCUUGCUGAGAGUGUCAAGGAAUAG